AUGGAUAACCAAUACUUCGCAAACCAGGAUAAUCAAAGUCAAGACGAGUAUUUGAACUUCUUGGAUCCGCGUCCUUUACAAGAAAGCGGACACGCACUAACACCGCAGGCCAUUUUGGCGCGUUCCACGAUGAGUACCGGAGGUUCUCCCAAUAUGCAAUCGGUUUCCCCGUCCUCUAUGUUUUCUCCUAUGGCACAAACACAAAUAGGUAAUACUGCAUCGCCACAGCAAGUUUUAAAUUCGGGAGCGACGCCUCAACAAGUUUUAAAUCAGGGUGCUACUCCCCAACAGGUUCUCAACCAAGCUGCGACCCCACGCGGGAUCUUGACCAAUGCAACUUUACAUGAACAGCAAAAUAACGCAAGUAAUAGUACGAAUAGUGCAUUUUCUGACCGUGCUGCGAUGUUCGCGGCUUUACAACAGAGGCAACAGCAACAGCGUCAAAAGCUGCAGCAAAUGCAACAGUCAAAUUCGGGCUCUGGCUCACCACAAGAUCUUCAACGUCCCAGAAUGAUAUCACAAUCUUCUGCAACGCCACAACCCCAAAUUCCUGCGCCAGUCCAUGCCCAAGCGCAAGCACAAGCACACGCACAAGCACAGGCACAAGCACAAGCCCAAGCCCAAGCACAAGCUCAGGCACAGUCAAGAGCACAAGCACAAGCACAAGCACAAGCUCAGGCCCAAGCACAAGCCCAAGCACAAGCCCAAGCACAAGCCCAAGCACAAGCACAAGCUCAUGCACAAGCACACGCUCAAGCACAAGCACGAGCUCAAGCACAAGCACAUGCUCAAGCUCAAGCACAAGCUCAAGCUCAAAUUCAACAACAAGGGCAAAAUCAACCAGCUCAAGGCCAGCCAUCUCCUUCAGUAUCUUCUCCGCAGCUCCAGCAGCGUCAAAUCAUUCAAAACCUUGAUCCAGAAGUGCAAAGAAGAGUAACCAGCGAACUCAAUAAUAAGCAGUACGAGCUAUUUAUGAAAUCUUUGAUAGAGAACUGCAAGAGGCGCAAUGCACCGUUGCACGCGUUUCCAGAGAUCAAUGGCCGUAGGGUGAACUUAUUCGUUUUAUACAUGAUGGUUCAGAAGCUAGGUGGGGGAGAAACCGUGACUCGUUCGCAACAGUGGGCUCUACUGGCUCAAAAACUUCAGCUUCCCGAUGAAUCCGCACAACAGCUGGCCACUAUAUACUAUCAUGUGUUGCUACCAUAUGAGCAAUAUUUAUCGACACCAGAAGGUAUAAAAGAGACUCAAUCCAAAAGGCUCUUUUUGCAACAGUUUUUCCAAGAAUUAUUAAAGAAGAUUCUCUCGCUUCAAAACAAUAAUACACUUCGUCAACCUACAGGAAGUGCAAAUACAAAUGUUAGCCCCGGUGCAAAUAGCCCCAACGUGCUGGAAGCAAGCAAGCUCGCUGCGAAGAAGGCACGCAAAAAUCGUGUCAAAAAGAAGACCAAGAAGGAGAUAGAAAGGGAAAUGCAGCAACAGCAGCAGAAUCUACAAGUUCAGCACCAGCUACAACAAGAGCAACAAGCCAAAUUGUUAUUGAAUCAACAGAUGAAACAACAGGAGCUCCAGAGAGUCCCGCCACAAAAUCCUAGUAAUCAUAUUAAUGACCAGGAAUCGCAUAAAACAUCUCCGAUGUAUAGAAGAACAUUUGCUCGAAAUUAUGUUCCGAUGAGUAGGCCGCUAGAGACCUCGAAUGGCUACGAUAUCAAAGCUAUCUCUCAAGUUGGAGAAAAAAUAGACGCCAACAAACCCAUAUUUUUGUUUGCUCCUGAACUGGGUACGAUUAAUUUGCAUACAUUAACAAUGUCCCUUCGAUCAGGUCGGCUCUCUGAAGUGAACGUGGCACUUAACACGUUGUUGGUCACAAGUGCCGAUGCAUUGCUAAAAAUUCCUUUAUCGCACUGUGAAGGACUGGCGGAUUCUCUCGCUAUUCUGGGCUGUGAACUUUUGAAAAAACUUUGCGAAGGAAGAAAUAUUAGCCCACAACGGGAAAUUAAAUACCUCGAUGAGUACGAUGUGGAAGAGUUAUUGAACAAAGACAACAGCUCGCAUUCUUCUGAUGACUAUGUGUUCGAAAAGGUUUUCCAUCAGUAUUUCGAUAAAGAGAAUGUGGAAAUAAAGAUUAAGGUAGAUUCACUGACAGGGGAGGAUCUUAAUCAGAAAGAGCCUAAUGGCAAUUUUAAGUCUUUGGAACUAGGGCAACAAGAUGAAAUGAAUGAGAAUAAUAAUAUUUUACCUGUUGAAUUUGAAAGAUGGGAUUAUUUACCUCAACCACUGUGUUUUUCAGACGAUCCCACCUCUUGGGAACUCUCUAUUCCAAGCUAUCUGAGUGCUCUCAGAAGCGUCCGAGAUGAGAUUGAUGAUCCAUUUACGAAGGUGAACACCAGGGGUGUUGAAGAUAGCCAAAUAUUGGUGGUAGAUCAGCUUUCAACUAUCUCUAUGAUUAUUCGGAAUCUUUCUUUCAGCGAGUCAAAUACCUCAGUAAUCGCAUCCAAUCAAGCAUUGAAGCGUUUUAUGUUAAAUUUGAUCUCCGCACUAUUUGUGCAUUCUGAUAAGUUUGUGUUCCAUCGGAAAUGUCUCAAUUUUAAGAAGGAUAUCAUAAUAACGUUAUCAAAUGUUGGCCAUUUAUUACAAAUAGAAUCUGCUGUGGAAGCUUGCAUGUUACUUUUCUUAGUGCUCAGCUUUAAAGAGGGGAAGAGCUAUAAAAGUUUAGAUUCACUGAUAUUUCCUGAGUCAUCCGUAAAAUUUAGCAAGUAUCAAGGGUUCAGCGCCGACGUCUUGGCUAAGCUAAUGUCGUUAGGAUACCCCAACAGGGUAUUCAUUAAAUCGGUCCUGCUCAAUCAAUUUGAUACUGAUGUCGAGUCCAGAGAUGUCACCGCAUGCCAACGUUUAUUGUCACUUUAUCGAAAAUUGGACGCUAAUGAUAAUUCUGAAUUCAAGAUAUAUAAUGAUGUUUUUUCCCUUCUCAUUUCAACAAUACCAUUUCAGCAACUGAACAGCUCUCCUACGCUGAUUGAAGAAGUUGCUCCCACAAUAUCACAAAGCGUAACAGCCCUGAUUUCACUAGUAUCUUUUAUCGAUAAAGAAUCAUUAGAAGGCAGCAAUGUGAAUUUGCCUUAUCUUUGGUUGACCUCUCAGGAAAACGUGGGAUCAAAUUUGAGAAGGCUGAGCGAAGCAUUAUCUAAUAUCGGAAUCCAUACCAACAACAAUCUGAGGCAUUUGAAGUUGCUUUUCAAUUCAAUUAGUGCUAAGUCUCUCGAACUUGUUAGACUUAUUAUCGAAAAGUGCAUUGAACUUACAGAAGGGCCUAAUGGGAAUUCAUCCCAGCGGUCAGAAAUUAUAAGAUCUUUGUUAUGCAUUCCAAAUCUUCUACCCUCAGAGAAUAUUUCAUUCUCUUUAUUAACAAAUCCAUUGGCUGACGUUUGUGUUGUAAAGCAAAUGUACCCACUUUAUCGUUUGCGAAAUGAUCUCUUGUCGGAGAUCGAUGAGAAUAACUCUUAA